UCGGGGUGGGAAGGGGUGUGCCCUUUGAUGUGCAUAGGGGCGGCCCGCGAUCUAUAAAUACAGCGGAGCGUACCGCCCCGCCGCCCCACCCAGAGGAAGCUCACUUACCUGAACCGGGUUUGACGUCAUGAGGGGACACUUUUCCAUCGAGUGGAUGGCGCAAAGCAGCCGGCAGCGGCCCGCUAGCAUUAGCGGUGGGGGCACUGCCAGGUUGGCGGCGCCCGGGCUUGCCGGCACCCACGCAGAGAGCCUGCCAGGAUUCUGCCGGAGGCCUGACCAUGACGGUGGAGGAGUCCCGGGCAAGAGGCCCAAGAUGGACUCUGGCGACAACAGCAAAAUUGCUUCAGAGGCGGAGGAGGAGACGUCGGGCUAUGAAAGCGAGCGUUCCCUCUCGCCGCUGGGCCCCGCCGAUGACGCCGCCACCGCGUGCGCCUCGCCGCUGACCCCGCCGUCGGGGAGGAGGCCGCGCACGGCCUUCACGGUGGAGCAAAUCGGCAGCCUGGAGCGAGCUUUCAAGAGGAACGCCUACCUGGGCACGCAGGACAAGGCGCAGCUCUGCCGAAAACUCAACUUGUCCGACAAACAGAUCCGAAACUGGUUCCAAAACCGGCGCAUGAAGCUGAAGCGGACGGUGCAAGACGCUCUGGCGCAUGCCUGCCAAGCCAGCGCCGCGUCGCACUUUGCGCCCUACCCCGAGCUGCAAGCGUACCGGCCAGCUCCGUACCCACGCUACCACCCGAUGCCAUUGACGCUUCAGGACGCCAGCGGCGCCACCGCCGCCUUGGCUCAGCCGCCGCACAACCUCCAGUACGCCUCGCCUCUGGACUCGCUCUACCAAUACGGCAAUGUGGCUGGAGCUAUGUUGUCCGCCGCCACGCCGCCUCCCCCUGCCCCUCCUCCUCUAAUGGCAGCCUACCCGGCAUACCCCCAAUACUACUGACAGCCACUCUGUCUUGGUUUGCUCAUUGAAUCUUUGCGUUGUUUCUGUGAAGGCUUGUGUGCAAUGGGGGGUUUGUGUGUGUGAGUGCGUGUGUGUGUGAGAUGAUAAAUUCUGUAUUUCUCAUUUAAUUCCAAUAAAAUCCAAUCAAUUUUUUU